AUGAAAUUUCGUCAAUCAACAGAGCUCCCAGAGGAUUUCUGGAUCCCCAUCGCUCUGAACACCAACAACAUCACGGCUUUCAGCCCGUACCUGGUUCCUCAGGACCAUUUAGGAAGCCUGGGGCUUUUUUAUGCAAUGUCAGCAUUUAUGUUCUUCUUGUUUGUGGCCGGUACGGCCAUCAACGUCCUCACUAUUGCAUGUACUGUUCAAUACAAGAAGCUCCGCUCUCAUCUGAACUACAUCCUGGUGAACUUGGCUGUGGCAAACCUGCUCGUCUCCUCUGUGGGCUCCUUCACCUGCUUCUACUGCUUUGCUUUCAGAUACAUGAUUCUUGGGCCACUGGGGUGCAAGAUUGAAGGAUUUACAGCAACUAUUGGUGGCAUGGUGAGCCUGUGGUCGCUGGCUGUGAUAGCAGUUGAGAGAUGGCUGGUUGUCUGCAAGCCACUUGGGAACUUCAGCUUCCAGGCCAACCAUGCUUUAGGCCUCUGUGCAUUGACUUGGGUCUUUGCUUUGUGUGCGGCAGUUCCUCCUCUGGUUGGAUGGAGUAGGUAUAUCCCAGAGGGCAUGCAAUGUUCCUGUGGUCCAGACUGGUACACAACGGACAACAAGUUCAACAAUGAGUCCUUCGUGCUGUUCCUCUUCUGCUUCUGCUUUUCUGUCCCUUUCACAACCAUCGUCUUCUGCUACUCACAGCUGCUUUUCAUGGUGAAAUCGGCAGCGAAGGCCCAGGCUGACUCUGUCUCCACCCAGAAGGCCGAGCGGGAGGUGACCAAGAUGGUGAUCGUCAUGGUGUUGGGCUUCCUGGUGUGCUAUUUGCCUUACGCCUCCUUUGCUCUUUGGGUUGUCAACAACCGCGGGCAGCGCUUUGACCUCCGGCUGGCCACCAUCCCCUCUUGCCUCUCUAAAGCCUCCACAGUCUACAACCCUGUUAUCUACAUCCUCCUUAAUAAGCAGUUCCGCUCAUGCAUGUGGAAGAUGCUGGGGAUCAGUUCAGGCGCCGAUGAGGAAUCAUCAAGUCAAUCCACCACUGAAGUCUCUAAAGUUGAACCUUCUUAGGCUGUUUACACUUAAUUUAAAUGGAUCACAAAGUCAAAUGGCUCGGUAUUAUUCUUAUAAAACAGAUUUUUAUGCAAAGGAAAAAAAUUUGAAAAAAAUUGGAAGAGAUAAAUGAAUGUUUCGAGCAAUUUAACGAUUGUGGAUGUCUUUAAAAGGGUGCUACUCAUGCGAAAGAACAUGAAACUGAUGCAUAUUCUAGUCUUUCAGUCACAUAUUCCGUCCUAAAAUCUGCUUUUCUUUUCAGAGAAAUAAAGAUUAAGAUCACCAAACGGAUAGAGUUUAACCUUUGCAAAGAAAUACUUGUAGCAUCUGUGUGUAAGUGAUUUUGUCAAGACAUAGACGUAUAUGCUUGUAUAUGUGUUUAUAUGUGUACGUAUAACCUGCAGUUUUACCAGAGUGUUAAUAAACAGCCAACAGCUUUA